CACAGAUCAGCUGGUGAGUUCCGGUGGCGAGGAGCCGCGUGCGAGAGACUCGAGUUCCCGCCGAAAGGUAAGCAAAUAAAAUAAAAUAACUAUCUAAAAAUAAAAUUUGAUCCUGCCUUGUUCGCCAAUCGCAUAAAACUUCAAAGAAGCACAUUAGACUCCUAUAAAAACAACUUUUGCGACACGAGCACACACGGGGAGCAAAUCUGUGUUAACUGUUAACAGUUUUUAUAUUUUCUUUUUUUAAUUGCAGAAAUAUAAUAUAAUACAGAACAUACGGGGGUAUACAGAGGAGAGAGAAAAAGAAAGACUUUUUUUUUUUUUUUAAACAAGACCGUUUUAUUAUACGAGAUUUUUUUUCUUACUAAACCGUUUUAAACAACACGAAUUGAGAUUUAAUCCGGAUCAAAACAGUUUGGAUUUUGUGAUCUAAUCCGAGUUCAGAAUCCUUUGUUCUUUUAAUACAUGAUGAAAUCACUUCUGAACAGCAGGCUCUGACCACUGAUAAUUAACAUUAUUAGUCUUAAACACAAGAUAAUAAACAUCCACUCUUCAAUAAACCACUGAUGUGAAGUCAUGAUGAUAAAAGACAUUUAAAAAUGUCCCUGUUUUUUUGUUAGAAUGUGCAGCUUGUACCCUAGAUAGAGUGUGUGUGUGUGUGUGUGUGGUGGUCAUGUGAUCAGCGGUCAGUGAUGACUAGUCCACUGCGCAAACUGACGUGUGUGAGACACAUGAGCGUGAAGAGAGCAGUGCUGGUCUCAGUCUGAGCUCGUCUGAUCACAGAACAUCUGCUUCCUGUGCAGCAGGAAGUGUGUACGCAUGCAAACAUCCCGUGUGCGGUUCAGGAGUUUCUGCAGGGCACUACAGAGUUUCUCGUGUGCAUGUUAAAAGUCUGUGUUUUAUGUAUUUUAGGGGCUGUAUGUUGUCAUGUUGUUGUUGUAUGUUGUUCUCCUCUAAUCGUGUGUUUUGUGAUUUCAGAUGAACAGAAGGUGAAGGAUCAGCAGCUGUGUGAAGCACAGCGUCUAAUCAACGCAUUUCUAAUUUAAUUACAAAAUAAAUGUAUCUGUAAUCAGUUUAUAUUUCAUAGAGUACUUGUAAUAGUUACACUACUUGUUACAUCGUAGACAGUAACAUUUCUGAAGUAACCUUCCCAGCACUGCUGUUACAUGUGUGUCCUGCAGAUUUUGCCGUUUCACUCAGAAAUGCAUCACAGUAUGGAUGUGUAAUCAGCUUCUGUGUGAUGAAGCUGAGGUUAUUCUUCAUGAUGUGACACUGAUCGCGUCUGCUUUGUGUUUCUGUCAAUAAAGAUUCUGACGUCUUUAAGGAUUUGGGUGUUUUUCACUCUUUAAGAUCUAAACCCUUCUGCUUUAAAAGAUUUCAGCAGUUCUCUUUUAAUCUCUUCAGGAUUUUUUCCACCUUUUUUAUUUUUUUAAGUAUUGUGUGUGUGUGUGUGUGUGUGUUUUCUAAAUGUUUGUCUUCUGUAAAACCCUAUAUUUACUUGUGCUUUUAAAGAGUGUUUUACUUCCCGUUAUUAAUCUGAACAUAAACAUUCAUUCAUUAGUGAGUUAAGAAUCAUUCUGGAUUAAAGCGGCUCUCUUCCAAAACUGAUCACUCCACACCUGUGUGAAUCAUUUUAAAUCAUGUUCUUCUCAAUGCACGAAGCACAAGAUGUGGACAGUGUGUGAGAUGUCUUUAAUAAUCACUUAAGUAUUUGUAGACCGGUUCAGAUAUUCUGCUUGAUGAGUAUUCUGUAAACUUGAGCUUUCAAGUCUUGGUUCGUGAAAGCACACACACACUUUCAGUCAAGGCUGCACAGCAGACAGGUGCAGUGAAGGACACACACACACACACACAUGAACACACACUCUGACACAUGAAUGGAGAUGUUUCCAUGGAAACUGGACAGUCAGCACAUCUCUGCUCCAGUCAAACUCACACACACCUGCACUCACAUGCUCGGCUGACUGUGUGUGUGAUGUGAGACAUGAGGAACACAGACACAUCAACUGCAGCACCAGCAGUCAGAGCCGCAGCCAAUCGCGAGCCUGCUUUCGCGUGACGUCACUGCAUUGUAUUCUAAAUUGAUAAAUCUUGAACUCUCGCGCUGUGUGCCGCACCGGCUGCUGCUCGUCGCGUCCUGAAUGUAAAGUGUGUCCUCUGCUCUCUCGUCCUGACCUCACGGAGACGAUCUGAGCAGUAAUGCUGAGCGUCACACGUGUUGACAUGUAAACGAAGGUUAAUGUUUGUCUGCUGUGAUGCUCUCACACCUCUAACGCUGAAUCCAUCGCAAGAGGGAGACAGUCGCCUUGGUAACAGCCUCAGCAGCAGCUGCAGAGCAUCCAUCAGUCCUCCAGUGAUCCUCACUACUGCAAAACACCAGCAGUCGCCUGCAGAUACCACACCGGCCGGUUCUGACCGAAUAACACCUCAAACGUGAUCAAGUGCCGGAUCUGAGGUCUGGAAGCCCGAGAUGAGGCCUUCAGCUCCAGAUGUUCCUCGCUCACGCAUCUGGACUGCAGGAAGAGCAUCCGCAUCGUUCUGGAAUUCUGGAGGACUGUGAGGUUUCUGACGCCGAAUUGAAGAGUCUGGAGCCAGACACCGAGCAGAAGGACGGAACAGAAUCAGCCGCUCAUUCUAAUCUGUUCGGUGAGACGGUUUUGUUCAUCCGUCGUGCAUCGUUUUUUUCCGCCUGUAUGUGUGCUUGAUGGCGCCGGUGUGCUGCGAAACUGGCACCGGGUGUGAUGUGAGCGGCUCGGGGAACCGGAGAACAGCAGGGCUGCUGUGGAGCGUCGCUUCUUCGGACCGGAUUCACGGAGCAUUCGACGGAAUAAAGGCCACCUGCGGAAACUGGAGUCCAGACUUAUAGGAAAAAGAGCGUGUCAUUUUUUUUCUUCUAAUAGGCUAUCCGCUUUUUUCUUUAAUAAUCGCCAGGAUGGAUUGAUUUGACUGACGCGUCGCAACCCUGAAUGAUUUUCACCCAAAAAACUGUUUUUGAAUCUAUUCUUGGAGUAUUAUGUUCGUGGAUGCGCGAGCGCGCGCGCGACUGCUGGACCGGCAGCGGUUCGGAAACGUAAAGGAUUCACAUUUUCACCGGGAGCCUUCCGUCUGUCCCUCGUGCCCUCAGUAGACAGCUGGAUCGCAUCGAGAACAGGCCAGACUGAGUGAAGAUGAGUUUAUCGUUCUCCGGUGUGCUGCUCGGAGAGUCACUCCUCUGAUAGCACGCGCACAUCGCGGAGACGUCUGUUAGACGUCUGCAUUACAUCUGCACGUGUUUGCUCAUCUGCAAUACAUCUAAAGGACGUUUCCUAUCAGAUAAACGUCUGUUAGAUGUUUUUAGAUUUAGAAUGCAUGUAAAACUGACAUCUUACAGACGUCUGUCAGAUCAAGCGAUCUUUAGCAGAUGUACACGUGCUCUCUGGGUCAAGUUCCUCCCUUGAUGAGUUGCAUUAGUAUAGGAAAGGGGGCUCCCCUUUCGUAGAAUGCGGCAACAUGGGCGUGUUUGAGCGCGGCGUCCAGAUGCUCCUGACCACGGUGGGCGCCUUCGCCGCCUUCAGUCUGAUGACCAUCGCCGUGGGAACAGACUACUGGCUGUACUCGCACGGGGUCUGCAAAAUAAAGACUAGUAACGAGAACGAGACCGGCAAGAAGAACGAGGAGGUGAUGACCCACUCUGGUCUGUGGAGGACCUGCUGUCUGGAAGGUAAUUUUAAAGGCAUGUGUAAACACAUCGAUCACUUUCCUGAAGACGCCGACUAUGAAGCUGAUGCAUCAGAGUAUUUCCUGCGAGCGGUUCGGGCCUCCAGUAUUUUCCCCAUCCUCAGUGUCAUCCUGCUGUUCAUGGGUGGUCUCUGUGUCGCCGCCAGCGAGUUCGAUAAGACUCGACACAACAUCAUCCUCAGCGCAGGAAUCUUCUUCGUAUCCGCAGGUCUGAGUAACAUCAUCGGGAUAAUCGUGUACAUAUCAGCCAACGCGGGAGACCCGUCCAAGAGCGACUCGAAGAAGAGCAGCUACUCGUACGGCUGGAGCUUUUACUUCAGCGCGCUGUCCUUCAUCAUGGCGGAGAUGGUGGGCGUUCUGGCCGUUCACAUGUUCAUCGACCGGCACCGGGAGGUACGCGUGGCUCGCGCUCGGACCGGCGGAGGAGGAGACUAUCUGCAGGGAUCCGCCAUCAGCAGAAUCCCCAGCUACCGCUUCCGUUACCGGCGCGGCUCGCGCUCCUCCAGCCGCUCCACCGAGCCCUCGCACUCGCGCGACGCUUCUCCCGUGGGACUGAAGGCGUUCGGAGCGCUGCCCUCCACCGAUAUCUCUAUGUACACCCUCGGCCGCGGCGGAGACACGUUGAAGACUCCGCACGGGACGCCACCGAUGUACGACUCCGAGAGAGAGCCGGACUUCCUGCAGGUGCACAACUGCAUCCAGAAAGACUCGAAGGACGCCAACCGGCGCACCACACCUGUAUGAGACACAGCGCCCCCUGCGGGUGAUCACGAGGUUACACGUUACAAGAAAGACUCGUGAAAUGCAUGAUUUUCUUAUCCUCCGUAAACUAACAAGUUUUCAACCGCGUGACGAACCUGAGCGACAGCGUUUGGACUGAGAGCUCGUGACAUCUCUUUUCUUCAUGUCUGUUUCAUUUUGUUGCGCAUAAAUGCUGUGAAUCUCCGUGGCCGCUGUGAACCCAGGGAAGAGAAGACGACCCCGGCCGCGGUUUAUAUGUCAUUAUAAACAUAUCAGUGAUACAUGACUAUAUAUAUCUAAACAUAUGAGAAAAAAACACACAUGAAUAUAUGAACAUUGUUAAUAAACCACACAUAGACUUCUUGAUUCAAGAAGACGCAAAAAACAAAAGAGCGAAUCAGAAGUCAAUAAAACCAUCAUGGAUCAUAAGAGCUGGAUUCGUGUCGACUCAUUUGCAUGUGUUUGUUCAAACCAUCCUCAUAAACAGUUUCUAGACUGGACCAGAUUAGACCAGC